AUGGAUUUUAAAACCCGAUUCUAAGGGAGAACCUCUACUAUGGAUAAAAAUGGUGUUAUAGGAAUUGUAUCAAACACUUCAAAACCAAUCAACAAGAAUAGCGAACCUUAAAUUAUCACAACGAACAUGAAUAUUAAUUAAAAUCCUCCAUCGUACUAUUAUCAGAAGUUCCAAAGAAAUGCCCAGAAGGUGUUAUAAUCAGAGACUGAUGUUGAUUUAACACCUUCAACUAGAUCUGAAUAUCCUUCUUAUAAAUUUAGGCAGGACUUCCAAAAAUUGAAUUUAGAUGAAUAUGAAAUUGUUGCAAUUCCAAAAAAGGUUUUGGAGGGUGAGAAACAUUCAAUGACUCAUUCACAUGUGCCAAUAAUGAAUAAGGGAAUCAAUAACAUGGCAAGUUCGCUAAUAGGUCAGAGUUAACAAAUGAUCAAAACUCAAAAUUAUUCAAGAUAUUUGAAGAACGUUAAUCCAGUUCAGAAUUCAAAUACUUUUAUAUAAGCUGGAUACGGAGCACUUAAACAGAAAUAGCUAUAUUUACAAAAUCUAAGAAAAUGA